UUUUGUAUAUUUCAUUCCUCGAUGCAAUACGCAUUUUAGUAGGGGUGAAAUCGUGAAAGAUGUCACUGGAUAUAUUUCUCCAUACGUUUAAACGAUAUCGUUUCACAACAGAAAUCGAUAUAUUGGACAAAAUAUAAAAAAUGGCGAUCUGAAAAAACAAUUAUUUCAUACGAGAUAUAUGUACAUACGUGUAAUUGGAUCGCGGCGGCUCGCUGGGAAUUUGCAAACGCGUUGCUUGUCCGUUGUGCAAAUAUUCUUUCUUGCUCGCUUCACGGAGACCCGAGUACCUUCGAACGUAUCGUUGGAGCGUUUAAUAUUUAUGUAUUUCCCUUUACUCGAUAAAGAGUAUUGUACUCUCGACAGGACGUUACGGGAUGUAAUGGGACGUGACGAAAAGCGACGGAAUUCAGUAGGACUAGACUAGACUAGACUAGACUAGACUAGACUAGACUAGACCAGAUACGAUGAACAAGAACAAGACAAAACUUCGUUUGUAUUAUCGUUGACGACAAGUAAUCUCGCGUAAGAAAACUGUCCAUGUGUAUUAAAUUGUAGAUUGUUUUCAGUAAUAGGUUACUUCUUCUCUUCGUUUCGCACAGAAAUAUUCUAGAAAAGCGAGGCAAAAAUGCAGACAAUUAAAUGUGUCGUGGUUGGGGAUGGUGCAGUAGGUAAAACUUGUUUGUUAAUAUCCUAUACCACCAAUAAGUUCCCAUCCGAAUAUGUUCCAACGGUAUUUGACAAUUAUGCCGUUACUGUUAUGAUCGGCGGGGAACCGUAUACCUUAGGGUUGUUCGAUACAGCAGGUCAGGAGGAUUACGACAGAUUACGUCCUUUGAGCUACCCUCAAACCGACGUAUUUCUCGUUUGUUUCUCAGUUGUAUCACCGUCGUCGUUCGAAAACGUCAAGGAGAAGUGGGUUCCAGAAAUAACUCAUCAUUGUCAAAAGACUCCAUUUUUAUUGGUUGGUACCCAGAUCGAUUUACGAGACGAUGCAGCGACUAUCGAGAAACUUGCAAAAAAUAAACAAAAGCCUAUAUCGGCCGAACAAGAAAGGCUUGAAGAACGUGUUCGACGAAGCAAUUCUAGCGGCACUGGAGCCUCCAGAACCGGUCAGAAGAAGACGAUGUAUCAUUUUGUAGAGCGCAACUAACACCCAUUUUAAAAUCUGUCAGCGCUGUUCAGCCGAUCACUGUGUGAGAAAGUUUCAUCAUACGGUACAUGCGAAACUAUUUUCGACUAACGAUAGUUCCGAUAUUUCGAUAUCGGUACGAUCUAUCUUUUGUUCUUGACUCGUUCGACGUACGCUCGAUUCGAACGAAACAUUCACACGGAAAAAAGAAAGAAGUGGAAAUAAGCAUUUUAUGUACAAGAGAGUGUGCACACGUAUGCACAUAAGUUACGUGUGCACGUGCUUAUGUACAUAUUCACACACACACACACACACACACACACACACACACACACACACACACACACACACACACACACA